AUGCCUCAAACGCAAAAGGCUCGUGUACCAGUCAUUUUCGGUGCCAUGACGUUUGGGAGAGAAGGCGUUGAGCAAGCACGUAUCCAUGACCUCAAGGAAGCUGGUGCCAUGCUGGAUCUUUUUCAAGAACAUGGCGGUACGGCUAUUGACACAGCUCGCGUGUAUGCUCAAGGCUCCUCUGAGGAGUACCUUGGGCAGCUGGAUUGGCAAACUCGAGGUUUCCGAGUUGACACCAAGCUAUAUCCUAACAUUCACGAUGGGACUGGCAAAAUCACUCAUUCUACCGAUGAUCUUCGGAAGCACCUAGAUGAGUCUCUCAAGGCCCUCAAGACAGACAAGAUAGAUCUCUGGUAUCUCCAUGGACCAGACCGCGACACGCCAUUCGAAGAGACUCUGAGAGCCUGUAAUGAGUUGCACAAAGAAGGGAAGUUCAACAGGCUCGGGGUGAGUAACUACAUGGCUUGGGAGGUUGCCUAUAUGAGCGAGUUGUGCAUUCGUGAGGGAUGGAUUCGACCUACCGUUUAUCAAGGAGUAUACAAUGCCAUCCAUCGAACAGUUGAAAUGGAGUUGUUUCCUUGUCUCAGACACUACGGGAUCACAUUCUAUGCCUUCAGUCCUCUGGCUGGAAGUCAGCUAACUGGGCGGUACAAGCGGGACACUCAGGAUACAGACAUUGAAUCCAUGUCUCGCUUCGAUCCAAACACUUUUCAAGGUCGCAAGUACAGAAGGCGAUUCUGGAACGACGUCAUCUUUGACGCGGUUGAGCUUAUUAGGGAUGAAGCCGGAAAGCAUGGGCUCACAGAGAUGGAUUGUGCUUUCCGCUGGAUUGAGCAUCACUCACAGCUUGAUCCUGAGCGAGGCGAUGCGGUCAUUAUUGGAGCCAGCAGUAAGAAGCAGCUGGAGCAAAACUUGGAUCUUCUGGAGAAAGGACCUUUGCCCAAGGAAAUCGUGGAUGUUCUGGACAAAGCGUGGCUGAUUACCAAGGGCAGCGUCAACAAUUAUUGGCAUUAG